AUGGGUAACGCUGCUGCCAAACAAACUGAGGCACAGGCUCCACCAGCACCAGUUAAGACCGAAGAAAAAUCAUCAACGCAAAAGCAGCCAUCCUUUCGUGUUCUAUCUGCUGGUCAACGCUCCAUUACAUUUGACGAGCGAGUGCAUCUCCGCGCAAAUGCGGAGGCUCGUGCGGAGCGUGUGAUGCUCGGUCUUGGAGCCACAUCAGAGUUUCGCCCGCUACAGCGCGCUGCUACGUUUGAUCCUCGUCUACGUUCGGAAAAGCAACUAUUAACGGUAUCCGAUGUGAUGCACCGACGCUUUUUUAAUGCUCGCGAGCGGCGCGUGAGUGCAUGUGCUGAACGCAAUUUGUUUCGGAUCGCCGAGAGUGAUAAGGAACGUCAAGAAGCUAUUGUGAUUGUAGAUCCAUACUCAACAGGCAUGACUAUGGCGGAGAAAGUUUUGGAACGCGGUUAUCUUUGUAUCUGCGUCUAUUCGGACACUCUCGAGGUGACACAAGAGCGUAUUGCUCAUGGACCCAAAGACAUGGCAUCUAAAUUUCUUGCAAUCAUAUACCACGAUGGAAUUGUUGAGCGUCAGGAUGAGACUAAAGCUCUACAGGAUACAGUAGCUGCACUACGUUGUGUCAAGAAUGUUGAUAUUAUUGGUAUCUUUGCUGGUGCAGAGACUGGCGUAUUGUUGGCUGAUAAGCUUUCGGAGCACUUCAAGCUCACUACAAAUGGCACGAACGGAUCGAUUGCCCGCCGUAAUAAAUAUUUCAUGGGUGAAAAGGUGCGUAGUGCGGGUGUUCGUGCUGUGGCUCAGGUUCAAGCCACCAAGUGGUCGCAAGUCGAGAACUUUGUUCAGAAUGAACUUUUACCCAUGCUGAAGGGAGAAGAUUUUAAGGUGAUUGUUAAGCCUGUGGAAAGUGCUGGGAGUGAUGAUGUUGCGCUAUGUCACUCGAUAGACGAAGUACGAACGGCUUUCGGUAAUAUCCAGGGGAAAAUUAAUGGUCUCGGGCUCGAAAAUCACGCCACGUUAGUGCAGGAAUAUUUGGACGGUACAGAAUACGUUGUGGAUACAGUCAGUCGUAACGGUGUGACAAAAGUUGUGGCUGUGUGGGAGUAUGACAAGCGUGCGGUGAAUGGUGCGCCGUUCGUUUACUAUGGUGUUUUGCUGCGUGCAGCUCCAGAUGGUUCAGUGCUGGCCAAAGUGGCUGAAUAUGUAAUAAAGGUAGUGGAGGCGCUAGAAAUUGUGCAUGGUCCGGCGCACGCUGAAGUGAAAGUCGUCAGAGGCGAGCCGUGUCUUGUAGAAAUCGGUGCACGGUGCCAUGGUGGCUCUGGCUCCUACCUGCCAAUUGUGAUGCCUUGUCUUGGCUACAAUCACGUCGAUGCGGCAUUGGAUUCGUAUUUAGACGGUGAAGCGUUUGAGCGUCUGCCAGAGCGUCCAACGGAGCUCAGGUCUCACGGUUGUGAGGCUAUGUUGGUGUCGUAUGAAGCUGGCAAGCUUGCAAGCUACCCUGGUAAAGAAGAGCUUGAAACUUUAUCGUCCACAGUCUCAACAAUGUGGUUUACGCACGUGGGAGAUGAACUCAAGCCGACAAUCGACAUGUUUUCGACUCCUGGUAGUGUAAUUAUGGUCAAUGAAAACGAAGAACAGCUAAAUCGUGAUUAUGCUCGCAUUCGUGAGCUUGAACACAAGGGAAUGUAUGCGCUUGAACCACAAGAUGAAGCUGAUAUAGAAGCGAAAAACGCAAGCGGUAUAGUUGUGGUGGUCGACCCAUUCUCGACUGGUGCUGUGCUGGCACACGAGCUGAUGAUUCGAGGCUAUGACUGCAUUUGCGUGUAUAGUGACCACCUUGAGAACAUCGAGAGCGUGGCAAGUCUAGUGCCAGAGGGUCUAAUGCUGGAGUUUGCAGCGACUGUUGCGUUUGAUGGGAAUCUUGAAGAGACUGUGAGUGCGAUUCGCAAAGCCGCAGAAAAGGUUGCAGACAAGAAGCCGAAAAUAAAAUUAGGGGUUAGUUCUGCAAUUCGCGCAGUUUUUGCCGGUGCAGAACUCGGUGUAAAGCUUUCAGAUGCUCUUAUAGACGCACUAGGACUACAAGGAAAUGUCAUGAAGCACGCGAACGCAAGACGCGACAAAUACCUAAUGGGCGAAGUUCUCCGAUCGGCUGGUUUGCGUGCAGCAAAGCAAGUGAAGGCUACGACCUGGGAUGAGGCUGAGAAGUUUAUCACACAAGAUCUCAAGCCGGAACCCUUCGAGGUGGUGCUCAAACCCUUGGAAAGCGCGGGCACAGAGGACGUUAUUCUUUGUCUAUCUAUGGAGGAAGCAAGACGCACGUUUGAUGGCAUUCUCGGCAAGAUAAACGGUCUCGGAAUUGAGAAUGAGGCCGUCUUGCUUCAGGAAUAUCUGGAGGGCGACGAGUAUGUAGUCGAUACUGUAAGCCGCGACGGGGAGCACAAAGUCACUGCCAUCUGGAAGUAUGACAAACGUCGCGUGAAUGAUGCCGCAUUUGUGUAUUUUGGACUAUCCUUGGUGCCAGCAGAGGGGAUCGUUAACGAAAUCAUUGACUAUCAAUUUCAAGUUUUGGACGCUUUGGGUAUUCGCAAUGGACCCGCGCAUGGAGAAGUGAAGUUUUGUCGUGGGUCGCCGGUACUCAUUGAAGUUGGUUCGCGCUGUCACGGUGGUGAAGGUGCUUGGGUACCUAUUGCUAAUAUUUGCGUGGGCUACAAUCAAGUGACAGCAACUAUCGACAGUAUUUUGGUUGCUGAGGCUUUUGCCAAGCUAUGUGACCGGCCUCGAAAAUUGCUUGCUUAUGGCUGCGAGGCGAUGCUUGUGUCGUACAAAACAGGCGUAUUGAAGAGCACGCCUGGCAUUUCGGAAAUCGAAAAGAUGCCUGCUUUUCUAAAGAAGGAAAUUUUUGUUUCACCGGGGGACAAUAUGCGCCAGACAGUUGAUAUGUUUACGACACCUGGUAGCAUUAUGCUCACGCACAAGGACCGAGAUAUUCUUGAAAGUAAUCUUUCACGCAUUCGUGAACUUGAGGUUGAAGGAUUGUUCGAGGUGGAGUGA